CCAAAGAAAGGAGCAGGAGGGGGAGGAGAAGCAUGGCGGUGAGGUUACCGGUGGGAUGGGCGGUGACUUUAAUCCUAAUUCUUGGUGUCGUGAUGUCGGUGAGGGGCUCAGGGUUUGGGUUCCCGAGAGCUCUAACGUUGGAGCGUGGAUUGCCUACUGGGAUGCCACUGGAGGCGCUCCGGGCGCACGAUAGGGCGAGGCAUGGCCGGGUUCUUCUCGCGAACAGCGACGGCGUCGUUGAUUUUCCUGUCCAAGGCUCGGGCGAUCCGUUUACUGUCGGGCUCUACUUUACUCGAGUGAAAUUGGGGAGCCCUGCAAAGGAGUUUUAUGUACAAAUUGAUACUGGUAGUGAUAUUUUGUGGGUGACAUGUGCUUCUUGUAAUGGAUGCCCUACCACAAGUGGACUCAAUAUCCCACUGGAAUUCUUUGACCCCAAGAAUUCAUCCACUGCAUCAUCAAUCACUUGCACAGAUGACAAGUGCACCUCUGCAAUUAGCACUGGAGAGGCAACCUGCCAAACUGGUUCUUCGGGCACUUUCUGUGGUUACUCCUUUCAGUAUGGUGAUGGUAGUGGAACAUCGGGAUACUAUGUUUCUGACACAAUCUAUUUUAGCAAAGCUACCGGAGGCGAGCAGACUACGAAUUCUUCAGCAACAAUUACUUUUGGAUGUAGCAAUUUACAAUCUGGAGACCUGACCAAGUCAGAUAGAGCAGUCGAUGGGAUAUUUGGGUUUGGACAGCAAGCCUUAUCUGUCAUUUCACAGUUAUCUUCUCAAGGUGUGGCUCCAAAUGUAUUUUCUCAUUGCUUGAGAGGGUCAGACAAUGGUGGGGGCAUAUUGGUACUUGGAGAGAUUGUAGAACCGGGUAUUGUCUAUACCCCGAUGGUUCCGUCACAGCCACACUACAACGUAAAUCUCACAAGUAUUGCAGUCAAUGGGAAAACAGUGCCUAUUGAUUCAUCGGUAUAUCUAACAACAACUAAGCAAGGAACCAUUAUUGAUUCUGGAACCACGUUAACCUACCUGGCAGAUCAAGCUUAUGACCCUUUUGUUAAUGCAAUAAAUAAUGCUAUUUCCUCAUCAGUAAAUUCUAUGGUUGUUAAAGGAAAUCAGUGCUAUGUUACUGCUGGCAGCCCUGAAGAUACAUUUCCUACCGUAACACUAUAUUUUGAUGGUGGGGCAUCCAUGAUUCUGAAGCCUCAGGACUACCUUCUUCAACAGAAUCAAAUUAAUAAUGCCGUCAUAUGGUGCAUUGGCUGGCAAAAGAAUACUGGUCAGGGCAUAACAAUUUUAGGAGACCUCGUUCUGAAGGACAAGAUUUUUGUUUACGAUAUAGCUAAUCAGCGCAUAGGCUGGAAAAACUAUGACUGUUCUUUGUCGGUUAACGUUAGUACAACGUCGGGCAAGAAUGAGUAUGUGAACACUGCACAACCUAGUCAGAAUAGCUCACCGCAAACUCUGCAUUUCAAUUUGCUGACCACUUGCAUUGCAGUUUUGCUUGCACAUAUUUUUGCAUACGCUCACAGAUGCUGCUAACAUAUACAGACAUGCAGUCACAGAAGCCAAUUUAAUUCCAUUCGUUCGUUGUUUAUAAUUAGAAACACUUGUGGUUGAUGCAGCGUCAUAAAUCAACAUGCAUGUAAAUUAAAUAAAUUUUUUAUUUUUUAAUGAUAUAUACGUUGUGCGGUA